UCAUGCUGCUGCCAGGUCCAGAGUGUCUCAUGGGUGCCUUACGGGCCUCCCAUUGCUGCUGCCAGGCCCCUAAUCUUGCCAUGGGCCCCUGUACCGGCCCGCCUCCUCAUGCUGCUGCCAAGGUCCACAGUCUCUCAUGGGUCCCUGUACGGCCACAACACCAUUGCUGCUGUAAAAAAAUCGCCACACUCUGCCAUGUGCCACUUUCAGGUCCUCCUCACACACUGCUGGUGUGUUUCAAUUUUUUGACAUAGGGUGCUGGCAGAUUACGGGCCUCCCAUAGCUGCUGCCAGGCCCCCCGUAAUCUGCCAUGGGCCCCUGUACCGCCUCCUCAUGCUGCUG